AUGGGCACGAGAGAAGCAAUAAACAUGCACACGUGCACCACAACCAAUACCUGCUACGAGAACUACGACCCUUGCUUCCCUGAUCAACCUGUCGUUGAUCUCUACCUCCCAAUAUGGGCGCACCAACCAAGCCAUCAAUCAAAGCCAGCCUUCAUAUGGGCCCCAGAUGGUGGACCAAGGAGCUCAAUCACCUACUCCCAGCUGGACACAUCCAUCCAUUCAAUCUCUUCACAGCUCCUCAUACCAUUACAGAGAGGAGAUACAGUUCUAAUCCUCUGCUCUCCUGGCCUUGAUCUGGUGAAAAUCCUCUUCUCUAGCCAGAGAGCUGGCCUUAUAAGUGUCCCCAUCUCACCACCUGAUCUUCCUCCCUCCAAAUCCACCAUCCAACCCCACCAUCUUGCUAGAGUCCUUCUCCAAACCAAGCCCAAGGCAGCCAUUGCUAAUCUUAGUUACAUCAACAGCGUCCAUCAGUACAUUUCUGGACAUAGUCACCUCUCCCAGCUAUUUCAAGAUCUCAAAUGGCUUCCCGUCGAAAACUUCGCCAAUACCAGCACUUCUUCUUCUUCUUCUUCUUCUACCUACUUGGGUUGUAGGUCAGACGAGGUUUAUCUAAUUCAGUACACGUCCGGUGCAACCGGUAUCCCAAAACCCGUCAUGGUGAGUGCAGGAUCAGCUGCUCACAACGUCCGGGUGGCGAGGAAGGCCUAUGAUCUACAACCGAAUAGUAUUAUUGUAUCAUGGCUACCGCAAUACCAUGACUGUGGGCUCAUGUUCUUGCUACUGACCGUUGUUUCUGGGGCCACCUCCAUACUCACCUCACCAUCGGCCUUUGUGAGCCGUCCACGUUAUUGGGUGGAGCUGAUUACCGAGUUCAAGGCAACUUGUACACCAGUCCCAUCUUUCUCAUUGCCUCUUGUACUCCGGAGAGGCCGGAUUGAGGUGGGCCACCUUCCACUCAAUCUCGGGAGCUUGCGGAACUUGGUGCUGAUUAAUGAACCCAUCUACCGUGAAUCCGUUGAGGCAUUCGUUAAUGAAUUCUCAGCCGUUGGUUUGUGCCCAUCUUCCAUCUCACCGUCUUAUGGGCUUGCAGAGAACUGCACCUAUGUUUCAACAGCGUGGAGUGGGACUGGCAGUAGUUUUCCAAACAUGCCUUCCUACAACAAGCUCUUGCCUUCUGGGAGGCUGGCGGCAUUGCCGCCGGAAGAGAAUGAAGAAGGAGAGAUGGAGAUUGUUGUUGUGGAUGAGGAAACCUUCGAGCUGGUGGAAGAUGGGGUUGAAGGAGAGAUAUGGGUUUCUUCUCCCAGCAACGCUUCUGGAUACCUCGGCCACCCAUCUCUAACACGUGAGGUCUUUGAGGGGAGAAUUAGAGGGAAGCCGAGCCGGAGCUGCUUUAUCAGGACCGGCGACCGUGGAGUUGUGAGAGGAGAAGAGAGAUAUCUGUUCGUUACGGGGCGAACUUCCGACGUUGUCAAGAUCACUAGCCAUGGCCUGGAGCUGCAUCCUCAUCAGCUGGAAACUGUAGCUUAUAACAGCUGCCCCAAUCAUCUCAGGGGAGGUUGCAUUGCUGCAUUCAGCAUAUUCAACACGACGGUUGUGAUUAUUGCAGAGCUACAACGACGAGAAGGGGAGAGAGGAGGUGGGGUUGUGGUGUAUGAGAAUAUAUGCCGACGGAUCGAAGGUGCAGUGAGAGAGAACCUAAGGAUUGGAAUUGGGGUGGUGGUGAAGCUGGUAGAGAGCGGCAGCCUUCCGAAGACAACAUCAGGGAAGCUGCAGAGGUGGGCUGCCAAGGAGAAGCUGAAGAGCGGUGAGCUGAGAGUGGUGUUUGGUGGUGGAGGCGAUGAUCUUGGAAAGGGAGGAGGGAAGAGAGAGGAUUUUCCACCUUUCUUCCCUUCAAUGGACGAUCAUCAUCGUCUCUCCCUGAUUUCUUUGCUAUGA